AUGAAUAACCUUAAAACAAUAACUUUUUUUCAGAGGUUCUUGAUUGUUCUUGUUUUAGUUUCGUUUUCAUGCUUAACAAGAGCACAAGAAGUUGAUGAUGAGAGCGAGUUUAGUUAUGAAGAAGAUAGCGAAACCGGUCCGGCGCACUGGGGAGAGAUUAAGCCAGAAUGGUGGAUGUGCAGAUCUGGCUCAAUGCUGUCUAACAUUGAUCUGCUGAAUGAAAGGGUUGAAGUUGUNGAAGAAGAUAGCGAAACCGGUCCGGCGCUCUGGGGAGAGAUUAAGCCAGUAUGGUGGAUGUGCAAUUCUGGCUCAAUGCAGUCUCCCAUUGAUCUGCUGAAUGAAAGGGUUGAAGUUGUAUCUCACUUGGGGAGGCUUAAAAGGAAUUAUAAACCCUCCAAUGCCACCCUAAUUAACAGAGGUCAUGAUAUGAUGUUAAGUUGGGAAGCUGGUGCAGGGAGUAUUCAGAUAAGUGGAACACUAUACCAACUUAAACAAUGUCAUUGGCAUUCACCUUCAGAACACACUCUCAAUGGCAGGAGGUUCGAUAUGGAGAUUCACUUGGUCCAUGAGAGCAUGGAUAAUAGGACUGCUGUGAUUGGAAUCAUGUACAAAAUUGGACGCCCUGACUCCUUCUUCUCCAUGAUGGAGCAAGAUUUGAAAGCUCUUGUUGAUACGCGUAAUGUUGAGAGAGCAGUGGGUAUUAUUGACCCAAAACUUAUUAAACUAGGCAGUAGAAAGUAUUACAGGUACAUUGGUUCACUUACAGUUCCUCCUUGUACUCAAGAUAUUAGUUGGACAAUUUUGAGAAAGGUAAGGACCGUUUCAAGAGAACAAGUAAAACUGAUUCGUGAAGCUGUACAUGAUGACUCAGACACCAAUGCAAGACCAAUCCAACCACUAAACCAGCGUCCUAUAAAGCUCUAUAGACCAAGAGACAAUGAGAACUGA